AAGAGCACAAUCGGGAGCUUCCUGGGAACGACAGUUGAGGGAGAGGCCAGAGACCUUGAGGCAGACCGCCAUGGCCAGUGGCUCAGGCGCAGGAGGCUGGACGGAGCGCUCAACCGAGUGCCGCUCAAUUUCUACCCAAGGAUUUGGAAGAUUCUCGAGAAGUGUCAGGGCAUUAACAUUGAAGGCAAAGUUAUCCCACAGAGUCUCACUCAGGAGAUGACAGCAGGAGAGCUGAAGUUUGCCUUAGAGGUAGAGACUGUGCUCAACACCAUUCCUCAACCUGAGUACCGACAGCUAGUUGUUGAGGCAUUGAUGGUGUUAUCACUUGUCCGGGAGUACCACAGCACAGGCUGGCUUGGGGACAUUGUGUCUGCUCAGGACAUUGUCCAUCUAGCAAACAAUAUUUUCCUACAGGACCAGAAACAAGAAGGAGGUGAUGCAACAACCUGCUGUGCCAGGGAUAAGAAAGAACCAGGCAUUGGAGGUGGUUUGACGUGUGGAGGAGCUGCCUACAUCUGCAUCCACUUUUACGACAGCGCUCCUUCUGGCAAAUUUGGUACAAUGUCAUAUAUGAUUCGAGCAGUUUGUUGCAACCUGAACUGCUUCCCACAAGAUGGGGAGAUGGAUUGCACAGUCAGUUGAGCCAGUUCAAUACAAACAGCAAGAGUAAUAAAAGUAAUUAUGCUGUUUCUGUAGUUAAAUAUAUAUAGGUAAAUUUUAUUUCAUUGUAAUUCCCAUGAAUUUGUAAUGCUCUCUUUACGAUCAGUUGUGCAAGUUUUAAUGCCAGAAUCAGGAACUGAAAGACAAUUAAUUUCUCAGUACAAAAUCUGGUGCAUAAGCAUUUUCCUUUUUCUUCUUUAUAAAGCAACAACAGUACAUGGCAGUGCCAGGUACUGCCUUGACAUAGCCUUGCACAUCUGAAGAAUUACAGUGCCACCAAAAUUGUUUGUGGAAAUCCUUUAGAAUUGUUUCAAGGCGUGUGAAUCCAAUGUUAUUUCUCCUAUGGUAAUAUUGACCUUUACUGUUGAUAUCAAUUAUGUUCAACAAAUUGCAACUAUAAUUGAAUUCAGUCGUAGUGCCAUAAAAUGUCGGAGAAGUUUGCUCUAAUGGUGCAAACUAUUUGAUUGCAAAGUUGGUAUGUUAAUUGAACCUUAUUAUUGCUUCAUUUUUGACAUUUUCAUAUUCAAAAUGUGUAACAACACUCACUUAUUCACCAGUUUUUUAGUGUGAUAGUAUACCCUUGGAAGUCAUUUUACUUUUACACAGGACAUAUCAUUUCAAUUACACUCCAGAUUAGUUUAUCGCAGCCAAUGAUUCUGAUUUAUCUCUAAUAUAGUUAUAUCCUUUUGUUUCCCUUUUUUGACGCUAUUGAAUUAAGUGCCAUUAUUUUAUGCAAAGUUUGAGUGUGAUCCUGUUGUAUGUACCAAGUACGGCAAGUUACAAAACUUACCACAUGUGUUCCAAAUAUACAAAUAAGGUGCAAAUACAAAUUGGUAAUGUUCAUGUUACAUAUUUAUACAUUAUAUAUAUAUAUAUAUAUUUAUGUGUUUCUGCAGCCACAUGAGCUUCAUAUUUGAAAAUACUGUAUCAAACAAGGCCAGUCAUGACAGUUUAUGUAAGCUCUUAAAGUCUUUUAGAAAGUCACCCGUGGUUAAAGGCUCAGAAGAUAUCUUUGGCAUGUUCUCAUUACUUACAUAUGCUGAAAUUUUACAUGACGAAAUAGUCUUGGAAUAUUCAGUAAUGUAAACCAUAGAAUAUAGCUUCAUGUAGCACAUGGUAAACAUUUGAAGACUUCAGAUUGUGAACCAAUGGUUUUCUUAACAUUCAUUUCAAUUGUUAAUGAAGAAUAUGAUUACUCUAUGUACAUUUUAUUAAUCUGAUAAAGCCAAAGAAAUGUAACAUCACUGUUAAAUAAGGCACUGGUGCACAUGAUAAUUGUAUUAAUGAAAAGACAUUUCUUUUGAUAUUUAUUUUUAUAAUAGAUUAAAAAAUCAGAUUAAUACUUUAGACCAAAUCUAAUACCAUACUAAUGUUCAUUUUAUUUCCCAAGAAUACAUUAUGUUUUGUUCAAGAAAAAGUUAUUUGAAGUAUGAAAAUAUGUUUUUAUUUAUUAACUAAAUUAAAUAGCAAAAUAAAUCAAAGUCAGUUGUGCACAAUUAUACACAUUAAUGGUUGUUUUAUAGAGACAAAUGUCGUAGUAGUCAAUUAGCAGAGAGUUCAUUUUUAGAUUCUCAAAAUAUUUAUUUGCCAUAAUUUUUUGUAGAGUUUAGGUACUAUAUUUUUUUCUCAGAAUGACACUAUGGUUAUAGUCUUUAUCUCUCAUUUUGCCUUUUUAGACUAUUGUCAUCUGUUGAAUUUGUGAAUUUAUUGAUUUAAAACUGGAAUUUAACAUUUUGUUAAUAUGUGAGUGACCUUAUUAGAUUGCUUUGAAUACUUCACCUGUGUCCAUAAUUUUUAUGCGAGUUUUAUUAUUGAAGUUGUUGUGUAUAGUAUUGAAAGUUAUAUUAUAUAUCCCAGUGAUUUAUAUUGAUGCAUAAGUGAAAUCUAUAGACAUAGAUACUUAAACAGAUAACAAAAUACAAAAAUGUUUGUCUAUAGCAUCUGUUACAGAUGUCUCUUGUCAUCUAAAAUGAAAAUGGAACUGCAGUUUAUUUUUAAAUCCAAAGGAAAGAAGUAUUGCAGACAGCUGACUACCACUGUCAUGUAUUGCAUGACAGUGUUAAUCUUUAGGUCCUUAGGAAUGGUCUCUUAGCUGAUUUCACAAGAACAGUUAUUUUGCUUUGGGCUUACAUUUCUCAAGAGUGAGUUCCUAGAUCCAGCCCUCACUAGUUUUUAGACCUUGCCCUCUUAGUGCUGCUGCUUGACUAGUGUAUAGAUCAAAUGCCUUUUUUAUGAAAAGCAGUUCACUACAUGAUUCUCAACUUUGCACACUUACAUGCUGUUGUAAAGAGAAAAAUCAACAUUCAAUAGAGACAACGAUUGCUGGCAGGCUGGGCCUGAGGAGUGAAUCUUAAAAUCAGCUAAUAUUAAAUUUUUCAUUAUGUGUAAAGUUGUAUGGAAUAGGACAUUAUAGAAACAAAUCAAAGUUUAACAUAUGCUGUCAGCUAUCAUAUAUAUUCUUAUUUCUUUUCUUUAUUAUUAUUAUUAUUAAGCUUUGUCCAUUUUGAGGAAUACAAAUAGAAAAGGUUCUUACUGAUAAUAGAAUGUUGAGGUGUUCCAUAUUAGGUAAAGAAAAUUAGCUGCUUCCUGUGCUGUGCAUUGCCAAUAGGGCAUUUAAUUAUACCUAUGUGAUAAAGGCUUUCAAGAAUAAUAAAAAAUAUAUAAAAAA